AUACUUGUGAAUUUAGAGUUAUAGCCUUGCAGCAAAGAACUGGCAGGAUUAUAUCAAAUUCACUUUUUCGAUUUUUUGAGUAGUUCGCCUUCAAAUUUAUAUUUUUAAAUUUCAAACUGCUUUUGUGCGUCAUUGGAAGGUUAAAUCGAUACUAUGUAUACCAAACUUUAUGUUUAUUGCUGAAACUUUCCACAUUCAUAAAUUCUUAUAGCAUCACUUUAAUAAAAGUAUAUUAGAACUAAAUUUAGAAUGGAAUGGAUAGAACCUAACCUUCAUGGCUCACAGCUGUUAAUACUCCGUAAGAAAUACCACAAUGGACAAUAACCCAACAUCAUCUCCCGUUUAGAGGGGGAACUUCAAUGAAACACGCAAGCCAAAUUACAGGUUCUUCAUAAUAUAUGGAAAGUAGAAAAUACCGGACGAAUGGAAUCGGCCUACGAUAUUCACUCCGUUCCAAAGGGCUUCGUUCUGUUGAUCAACAACGAAACUUUCCCAAACAGCUCGUUCGAAAGAAGGGAAGGAUCAGACAAAGAUUUUCAAGAACUGAAAACACUCUUCAAGCACUUGGGAUUCAAAGUCUUGCCAUAUUACAAUCUUAAUUAUCAAGACUUCACGAAGGUGAUAAAGAGCUUCGCCAUGAUCGAGGACCAUUGGCACAUGGACUGCUGCAUCCUCUUUAUCAUGACGCACGGUCACAGGGACAAGGUGAACCCGCACGCGGUGGACUUCGUCACCGUCGACAACAAGUUCGUGUCCUCUGAUUGGGUGAAGGAGCAGUUCAACUCGGAGAACUGCCGCUCGUUGAUGAAUAAGCCCAAGAUCAUGUUCUUCGAAGCCUAACCAAAGGUCCAAGGGUUAUGCAGGUGAAGAGGCCAAAGAAAUUUCUGAAGGGCAAGAUUCCACCGCACAUCAGUGAUAUGAUCUGCGUACAUUCGUGUCUUCCAGGAUAAGAAAAAUGUAUUUAUACCGGAAAGAUGAGCUACAUAGAACGUUUCCCCUAGGAUAUGAAUCGUUCACAUUUUCCAAAACGGGGUCAUGCUUCAUACAGCAGCUCUGCGAGACGAUCAGAGCAGAAGGCGCCACCUUGCAUCUCAUAGCCAUCCUCAACAAGGUGGAUAUGAAGCUGCGGAAGCGAUUCGUCGAGAAGAGCACGACCCCCUACCAGGCGCUCUACAUUGAAAACUGGAGCUUCAACAAGCUCAUGUUCCUCUCGAGCCACGCCGUCAGGUACUACAAGGCCGCCUGGAAAACCCUCGGUGCCAAGAAGAGCGAGUCGAAGUACGAGAAGCCGCCAGCAUCGAGGCCGCUGUUGGUAAACAAGGAGGAGCUGAAGAGGGCCCUGGCAGGAGUUAAAACAGCCGCUAAUAACUAUCAGGACGAUAUUUUGGAACCUGUUGUCAGGCCUUUAAAUGAUACUCUGUUUGCUGGAAGUCAUUGGGUUUUCCAGCAGGAUUCCGCUCCAGCUGACAAGGCCAGGUCAACUCAGCAGUGGCUGCAAAAGAACAUUCCAGAGUUCAUCUCUGCCUCGGAUUGGCCCUCAGGAAGCCCUGACCUCAACCCACUAAAUUAACGGCUUUGGUCCGAACUGGAGAGGAUGGUAUGCCACAGAGCACACCCUAACUUUGAAAGCCUCAAACAAUCUCUGGUCCGAGCAGUUGAGCGCUUUCCUCGUGAAGUGCUGCGUGCUGCUAUUGAUGGCUGGUCACGGACAUUAAAUACUUGUGUCGAGGCAAAAGGGGGACAUUUUGAGUAAUUU